AUGGGAGGGCUCUGGCGUCCGGGAUGGAGUCGCGUCGCUUUCUGUGGCUGGCGCUGGAUCCACCCUGGGUCUCCAGCCAGGGCUGCAGAGAGGGUAGAGCCGUUUCUUAGGCCAGAGUGGAGUGGGACAGGAGGUGCCGAGAGAGGACUGAGGUGGCUUGGGACAUGGAAGCGCUGCAGACUUCGAGCCCGGCAUCCAGUAUUGCAGCCACCACGGCGGCCUAAGAGCUCGAACCCUUUCACGCGCGCGCAGGAGGAGGAGCGGCGGCGGCGGAACAAGACGACCCUCACUUACGUGGCCGCUGUCGCCGUGGGCAUGCUGGGGGCGUCCUACGCUGCCGUACCCCUUUAUCGGCUCUAUUGCCAGACUACUGGACUUGGAGGAUCAGCAGUUGCAGGUCAUGCCUCAGACAAGAUUGAAAACAUGGUGCCUGUUAAAGAUCGAAUCAUUAAAAUUAGCUUUAAUGCAGAUGUGCAUGCAAGUCUCCAGUGGAACUUUAGACCUCAGCAAACAGAAAUAUAUGUGGUGCCAGGAGAGACUGCACUGGCGUUUUACAGAGCUAAGAAUCCUACUGACAAACCAGUAAUUGGAAUUUCUACAUAUAAUAUUGUUCCAUUUGAAGCUGGACAGUAUUUCAAUAAAAUACAGAUAACUCUCUUGUCUUUACUGGGAGGCUGCAGAGUCACAGUCUAAUAGAAGAAAGCAGUCACAGAAGGACUGCUGUUAGUUUGAUGAAGAGACCAAGUUUCAAAGGGGGCAGUUUUGGUGGGAUCAUGAUCCCUGGAACCAGAAUACAGUGAUACAAAGGUUACGUGAACAGUGUGUGUGCUUUCUCUGAGGAAACACCUCACUCGAUUGAUUUACCUACCUCCCCACCACCUGAGCUGGAUCCAGAACUACUUCACUGUCUCCACGAGAUCUCCUGGGAGGCUGCCAGGACUGAACAUGAUCCAGGGAAAGGAAAUCCCUGUUAUCCUCUCAGCUUCCCAGGACCUCCGGAUGGCUUUGCAUGGUGGCAAGCAAAGAGGACCAGAAGUAUUCAAGCUGAGUUGUGGGAUUUGUGUCAUCAUUCAUCUCCAGAGUUUGGAAGCCCCUCAAACUGUGUGCAGAGACCGUAGAAUGUUGGGAACCAGUUCUUGGAAGGAGAGCUUGGCAGGGCGCCUCCUCUGGCAAUGGAAACUGCAUAUCCACCCAUGACCAAACAGCACAUGAUCAAUUACUAUAAUACAGCUUGGCCCCAGUAUUCCCUAGGAGAUCAGAAGAGAUGGUCUGAACAUGGGUCACUUACUGCAAUUCUCCAGUUGGACUUAUUUUGCAAGAAACAUGGUAAAUGGGAAGAAAUACCCUAUAUGCAAUGUUUUAUGGCCCUCUAUCAAAACCCUGCCCUGCAGAUGAAACGCAGAAUAUGUAAAUUGGCCAAAGGGAACUAUAUUGCCAAUUCUAGAAGCCUCUGGAGAGGAAGCAACAGUCAUGUGGGGGCCUAUAGGGAAGGGAACAAGUAAGAAGAGUCCCUGUACUUCCCCCUCCAAGAGAAUUGAGGCCCUCUAACUCUACUUGGAACUUGGCCAAUACAGGGGCAUAGUCCACCUUCUUGGAAAUGGUGCCCUCUGCACCUCCAGGGAAAAGCAAGGGCCCGUUCUGUAUUUACCGGGCCCUGCAAACUCUGCAGAGCCAGCUAUGGCUCCUGCUGUGGCAAUAGCAGGCCCCUGUUGUACUCUUCUUUGCCAGGGAGCACCACUCAUAGUGGGAAUGCAUAUAACCCUGGAGGGUGACUUGCCACUCAGAGCAUGCCUGUUGGAGAAAGAGGUUUUGCUCGGGUCUAUGUGUUUUUUAAAACUGUUGACUUGUAUAACUGGAAAUCUCAUAGUAAGGGCUUAUGGGUGAGCCCACAAGAAUUCGUAACUCUCAUAUGGAGAAUAUUCUCCACACAUAACCCUACCUGGCCAGGUGUACAGACUGUAACAGCAACCCUGCUCACAGCAGAAGAUAAAUCUGCCACCAUGGCCAAAACUAAGGAGGAGGCAGACAGUAUGUGUGCUGAUAACCUGGUGACCUGGCCCGUUGAGGUGUCAGUCCCAAUAGCCAACCGAAACUGGGACCCCAAUGAUGACAAGAAUCAAGAGCGACUUCAUUAUAGGAAUAUGCUUCUCAGAGGUAUGAGGGAAGCAAGCCAGCCCCUGGUCAAUUGGGGAAAUCUCAGAGAAAUAGAACAAGGCCCUAAUGAAAAUCCAUCAGCAUUCCUAAAUUGAUAAUAAGAAUGCCUCCAGAAUUACACCCCUUGGGACCCAGAUGACCCAAAAGCCGAGUAGUACUUUAAUCCUACUUCAUCUGUCAGCCCCAGAUAUUCAGAGAAAACUCUAAAAAGUGGCAAUAAAUCCACAUACUCCCCCUUUCCAACUGGUAGACAUCUCCUUUAAGGUCUACAGUAAAGAGAUGUGGCAUCUGAUGAAAAGGAAGACAAGAAGAUGCAGCAGCCCUACAGACUACUUCAGGAAGCCCAGGAAGAAGAUGGCAUGGGUGAGUGACCAGGGCUCCCACCAUGGAACUCAGGGCCUGCCUACACUGGGGCCCAAACAAUGUGCUUACUGGAAGCAGAAAGGAUACUGGGAAAGGGAAUGUCCAAAUCAUCCCCAGAGAGGGAAGAAAGAUGACAAGCCCGAGGUACCAGUUCCCUGUAACUGGACAAGAAACUGAUGGAUGGGGACGUGGGGCUCCCUGCCUGGCUCCUCAAAACAAGAUCCACAUCUCCCCCAGGGAGCCCCAGGUUACACAGAAGAAGGGGGGCAGCCAGUUGGAUUUUUUUUUCGUUUGAGACAGGGUCUGUGUUACCCAGGCUGGAGUGCAGCACCGUGAUCAUGGCGCACCACAGCCUCCAACUCCCAGGCUCAAGCAGUCCUCCCACCUUAGCCUUCUCAAGUAGCUGGGACUAAGGCACACCUGGCUAAUUUUUUUGUUUGUGGAGACAAGGUCUCGUUAUGCUGUCAGAGCUGGUCUUGAACUCCUGGGCUCAAGUGAUCCUCCAACCUUGGCCUCCCAAAGUGUUGGCAUUACAGGCAUGAGCCACUGCACCCGGCCACCAGCUGAGUUUUUGAUCAACACUGUAGCCAUGUUUUCUGUGUUGAUCACUAAAAGUGGACCCUAUCCAGGAGGAAAUGUAUAUAAGGGGUGUGUCUCAUAAAGGAAAUAAAAGAUUCUUGGAGCCUCUGGUCCAUGAAAUAGUAUCUAAAACUUUGACUCAUUCUUCUGUUCCCCAAUCGUCCCAUUCUCCUUUUGGGAAGGGACCUUCUGACUAAGUUUGGAGCCACAAUUUCUCUAAAUCAGGACAGGAUAGAGGUGUUCUGAGCCCAUGGCCCUGCCAUGCUAGCCCUAGUUGGUCCUGGGGAAGUUCCAGACUUGGGACCUCAUAUGACUCCUUGGCUAAUGCAGUACUAGAUAAUUGUAUAGCAUUAGACUGCCUCUUAGUGGAACAGGGAGGAGGAGAGUGUGCAGUUAUUAAUUCCUCUUGCUGUACCUGCAUAAAUACCCCAGGGGAAAUAGGAAGUUAACAUUAGGAAGGUCCAUGCCCAAGCCUCUUGGUUCCACACUUUUAAUCAGCAGCCAUACUUUUUUUUUUUUUUUUUUUUUUUUUUUUU